UAAAACUUUUGUGACUACAUAUUAUUAUAAUCCAAACUCCUUGAAGCUUAGCUGUUCACAUUGCAAUUCAAGAUACCGGUAUUUUUUGUAUUUUUUUUUUUUUUGUGUGGUUUUUUAAAAAUAUAAAUAAGUUAUCGUGCUAAUAAUUUGAGAACUUGAAUUUUGGAUUCUUCUUUUAAAAAUCUUUGUGUCCUCUGUUAUUGUUAUUGUUAUCUUAAAGUUAAAGUAAUAAUGGCAUUAAUGACAUUAAUGGUAAUUUUAAUAACUUAUAACACUUUUUUUUUAAAAAGUGUAUUUAUUUAUACUUUAUUACUUUACUUAAAUGAAAAUGUACUCAAAUAAUGUUUCACUGUAUUUAUAGGCAGGCUAGUCUAGUACUGUAGCAGUGAAAACUGGAUGGAUAACUCAAACCCUCGGCCUCAACUUGGGACCUAGGCGCUGGGACAGAAACAAAAGGGGUGUUAUUUGCAGAUUCAGCUAGUGUUAAUUAUUACCUUCUGGGUCCAGUUAGUACAUGAGACAGUGCUAUUUCAAGAUUAGCUAUUUCCACUCCAGGUUUCACUGUGCCAAAAAGUACUAUGAAUUCCCAGGGUAGUGUGGAUGGUUUUUAGUGCGUCCCGGGCGGCACCAUGUCUUUCUAUGCCACUGGACUCGGCCUUGCCGUUGCCCUUCACUUAGAAAUUUAAUGAUUUAAAUAGCUUUAGCCUAAAUAAGGCCUACAAAAAAUUUAAAUAUUAAAAUUCAAGUCAAUAAAACAUAACAUUAAAUAAUGCUAAUACUAUACCAGUGACCAGUGCUAGAAAUAUACUGAUAGUGAUACUGCUAGACCUAUUUAUGGAUUAAUAGUAAUUUUUUAAAAUUUAUUAAAAUUAAUUCUGUGCAAAAUAUGAAAUAAAGUUUUUAUUUUCACUUUUUCAGUUGAGGCUGUGCGGUGUACCUUACGUGUACUGACAGUGAGUAGCAACCUAGCUACUUUGACCAUGACCAUAGAUAUUGAAUGACAGAUGAGUACUAUCAUAAUUAAUAAUAUGAUACUACUUACUGGUAAUCAUAUUAUUAGGGUUGCACAGGUUAAUUGCAAAUAAUUAAUAAACUGAACAAUCUGCCAUUUAGCAGAUUAAUCUUGAUCUGCUUUUUUGGCUGUUUGAUUGACUUAUGCAAUAUGUUAGAUGUAAAUCUAGAUAUUUUUUUAGAAAAUUGUUUUUUUAAAUGGCCUGAUAGCACCAAUUCCGGCUGGCAUAGAAUUUUCUGAAGGCGACAUCAUCAGAUAUUUAAUGCCAGAAUACAGUCCUUUGAUUAAAAAAUUCAAUGCCGCGUUUAUUUAAUGUUAUCAAUAGUGGCUUAAAAAAUUUGGGUAAAUUUUAGGUCUGGCUCAAUAAAGUGUUCAUCUAGAAACCAAGAAGAAUACCUGGUACAAUAUUCCCUGGUCAACUUUGGUUUGCUGAAGCUGUCCCAAAUCAUGGAUGAUACAUCUCACCCACUUAAUCAUAGAUACCUAAGAUCAGUUCGAUGAAAGCUUAUUCUUUCUCUUAAAGUUAGGACAGAAAGAUAUAAAAAUUAUUUUGUUUCCCACUCUGUACGAAUUUACCAGCAUGCUCCCCCAGCGAUGACCAAAUCUAAAUGAUCACUAAUUAAGUCAUUAUUAUCACUAAUGGAGUUCUUUUGUGGCUGACUUCUAUGCUAGAGAAAUACUUUAGAUGUCUUGAGUUUAUAUUGUUAUAAUUGUAAACUGUUGUCGUGGUUAAAAACAAUUAUUUAUUUAUAUGAAUAUUUACAAUGUAGUUAAAAAAACAGUUCCAUUUAUUUGAUCAAUAAAUAAUUUUCUCUUAUCUUAAAUUAGUCUAAGUAAAUAUUACUGGCACAGGCCGGUCUCCCAAGCUUUGUUGGACAGGACAUGUUGUGAGAAUGUCAGGCAACCUCUUGCCCUAAGCCUAAAUAAUAUUUUAUGCUGAGCUGGUGCAUGUUAGGUUUCCUGUGAACAUAAGAAAUGUUUGAAAGACAAGCUAAAAGAUUCUCUGAAAGGGUUAAAUAUAAACCCAGACAUGUGAGAAGAAUAAAAAACGGAUUGCUCAUCAUGGUGUUCAUCCUUAUCUAUACAAAGGCUCCAAACAACAUGAAUUCAAAGCCACUGCAGAGUACAAAUGAAAAACCAAAAAUGCUGAGUUAACUCUGCUCCUGGAGAUGUCCCAUCCAUCCCUAGCACCUACUGCACAAGAACAUUUCUUGCCAGUAUCAGUCUUAUAGCCAUCUGCCCACCCAGAGGCAGAAUCAUCCCCAGCACCAAAGAUUAAAAUGGUCUUGAUCGAUUUCGACUGACGAACUAACAUAACAUCUUACAAGUACUAGAUAAGCUGCUUAAUUAUCGAGUUGUUUGUAGAAGUAGAUAGGACAUAAGUUAAAUCAAAUGAAUAGCCCUGUAUACUGUCUUAAAUGACUGUUUUUAUGCAUUUCUUUACCAGCACAAGUAAAAUGAAAAAGUAUCGAUUCAAUGAUCCAGGCUUGAAAAAUCCCUUGCAGCGGAUCAAACCAUACAUUUUCAUUUUUGUUGGUUGGAACUUAUUUGGAUAUACUCUUUGGUCAUAUGUUAACAGAAAAGCAGCACAAAAUAAUCCAGACUGGGAACAAAAAAGUAGUGGUAUGUAAUUAUAUGUUUGUCAUGUGAUCAUUAGCAAUUAGGAAACGAACCCCAAUUUCAAUUAGUGUUUGCAAAGUAACAGAACAAACACACUUUAAUAACUGCUUUAAAUAUAAAGAUUUUUAUAGAUUAUCUUUAAUAAAUCACCAUAAGAAUUGAACAUUUAGUCCAUGUUGAUAGUAGCAUUUAAACCAAAAACUUUUUGACGCUUUACACUUUUUUGUAAGUUGUGUGCUUUUUAAACAAUUUAUUUGUCGAUUUGGCUUAAUUCACAAAAUCUAUAUUUUAUGUGUAAACUAUGAUGGCAGAGCUAUUUUUUAAAUAGUUUAAAUCACACAAGUUGUGAUUGAUGAAGCCAUUGAUAUAAACUUAAUUGAUACUAUUGAAAAAGAACGUAGGAGAAUCUUUAAAUCAUACUCCAUAGCUAAGCACAUAUUUAUAUUUAAGACAAUCAUUUUAUAAUAAGUUAUUAUUAUCUUCCAGCGGAAAAAAUGGCAACACUGUAUGGAACUACUGGUAAUGUUGAAGUGCGCAAGAUUUCAUUGCUUGGAUCAAAAGAUGACAAAUAAGAGACAUUUUACCUGAACACUAUUUUAUGCAACUGUUGGCCUUCUAUUGAGAAAAGGGGUUGGGGGGGGGGGGGGUUACAGGCUUAGUCGUUGUUAAUACUCUACCUAGUACCUAGUAAAACAAAAGGUUAUGAAAAGUUUAAGAGUGAGAUAAGAUCACCAUAGCUAUUUGUUUGCAGAACAGAAUAUUAAUAAUAUCAUCCAAUAUGUCAUGGAUAGAGGUAAGCUAUAAAAAUAUGUUUAAAACAUUUUGUCAUGAAAGGUAGGCCAAAAUUUGGGAUAAAAGACCUGUUAUGUACGAGAAACAAUAUUUAAAAAUCCUGGCUCUGAGUUCAGAAAAGGUUGCCAUUUGAAUCAGCAAGCUAUUCAAUUCAUGAUUUAUAGUAUACUUAUCAUCAAGUUUUUCAGUGCAUUUUUUGCAGAAGUGGUGCAUAGCCCAUUCACAAAUUCUCUUCAUUUGUGUCUGUUCCGAACCAUUUAGCUGUUUCAACAUUUUUGAGGUUUCUCUCACUCUUCCUGUUGAAUCCCUUCACCUUUUUUUUUGAGAGUCUUCCUCACUUCCUAUUGGAGCUUCAGAGCAUUGAACUAAUUAACAAGGCUCUUUUCAUUAUUAAACAUUCAAUUUUUUUUUUACAAACACAGCCCCC